GUGAUCCCUUAUCGGACUCUUCCCUAUUGUGCCAAAGCAUUGUGUUACCACUGCAUGAGACUUUCCCUCCAGCUAACCGUGUACAAAAGUUUAAACCAACCAAUCUGAUGGGGAAUUAUAAAUCAAGACCCACUCAAACCUGUACAGAUGAGUGGAAAAAGAAAGUGAGUGAGUCAUAUGCUGUUAUAGUUGAAAGACUGGAGGAAGACUUGAAAAUUAAGGAGGAGGAGUUCAAGGAACUCAAGCAUGUUUUCAGCUCAAAUGAAGCAUUUAAUAAAGUGAAUCUGAAUUAUCGCACAGAGGGUGGACUGUCCCUGCUGCAUCUCUGCUGCAUAUGUGGAGGGAAUAAAGCUCACAUCAGGGCCCUCAUGCUGAAAGGUCUGCGUCCAUCCAGACUUACCCGGAAUGGAUUAACUGCACUGCACCUGGCUGCAUUCAAGGGUAAUGCUGAACUGGUCACUGCGCUGCUGCAUGGUGGAGCAGAUAUCCAGCAGGUGGGAUACGGAGCCCUCACGGCCCUACAUAUAGCUACUGUGGCCGCCCAUCUUGAGGUUGUUGAUAUUCUCUUGCAACAUGGGGCUUAUGUCAACGUCCAAGAUGCAGUGUUCUUCACCCCUCUGCACAUUGCAGCUUACUUUGGCCAUGAGCAGGUAUGCAAGCUCCUGAUAAAGUUUGAGGCUGAUGUCAAUGCGAGUGGAGAGGUGGGGGACAGACCGCUUCACCUGGCUGCUGCUAAAGGCUAUCUGGGCAUUGUCAAACUGCUGAUGGGUGAUGACAGCAAAACUGAUGUCAAUGCUCAAGACAACGAGGACCAUGUUCCCCUUCAUUUCUGCUCUCGAUUUGGACACCAAGAGGUUGUCCGUUUCCUUCUGCAGGGCACCUUUGACAUACAGCCGCAUUCUGUCAACAUCUAUGGUGACACACCUCUCCACCUAGCUUGCUACAAUGGAAAGUUUGAAGUGGUGCAAGAGAUUAUUCAGUUGUCGGGCACAGAGAGUCUGUCUAAGGAGAACAUCUUCAGUGAGACAGCUUUUCACAGUGCCUGCACCUAUGGCAAGAACUUGGAAAUGGUCAAGUAUCUGCUCAGUCAGAAUACCGUGAGCAUCAACCAUCAGGGGCGAGAUGGACACACAGUCUGGUUGAUAUUUGAAACAACAGGUCUGCAUAGUGCCUGUUUCCAUGGACACAUCCGACUGGUCCAGUUUCUUCUGGACAACGGGGCAGAUAUGAAUCUGGUAGCUUGCGACCCCAGCCGCUCCAGUGGGGAAAAGGAUGAACAGACAUGUUUAAUGUGGGCCUAUGAGAAAGGCCAUGAUGCCAUUGUUACUCUGCUAAAACACUACAAACGACCUCAGGAUGAUUCACCCUGCAAUGAAUAUUCUCAACCAGGAGGGGAUGGAUCUUAUGUUUCUGUUCCUUCUCCCCUGGGAAAGAUCAAAAGUAUGACUAAAGAGAAGGCAGAUGUGCUUCUCCUGAGAGCAAGUCUUCCAUCAAACUUCCACCUUCAACUUUCUGAUCUGGAGUUUAACGAGAUUAUUGGAUCAGGUUCCUUUGGAAAGGUCUACAAAGGAAGGUGCCGCAAAAAGAUAGUUGCAAUUAAACGGUACCGUGCAAACACAUACUGCUCAAAGUCGGAUACAGAUAUGUUCUGUCGGGAGGUGUCCAUCCUGUGUCGUCUCAACCACCCCUGUGUGAUCCAGUUUGUGGGGGCAUGUUUGGACGACCCCAGUCAGUUUGCCAUUGUAACCCAAUAUGUGUCCGGAGGAUCACUGUUCUCACUGUUACACGAACAGAAGAGAAUCAUCGAUCUGCAGUCCAAGCUCAUCAUUGCCAUUGAUGUAGCGAAGGGCAUGGAGUAUCUGCACAAUCUGACCCAACCAAUCAUUCACAGAGACCUCAACAGUCAUAAUAUUCUACUGUAUGAAGAUGGACAUGCUGUGGUGGCUGAUUUUGGAGAGUCUCGCUUCCUGUUGUCUGUGGAUGAGGAUAACAUGACUAAACAACCUGGGAACCUGCGUUGGAUGGCCCCAGAGGUGUUUACCCAAUGUACACGGUACACGGUGAAAGCGGACAUGUUCAGCUAUGCUCUCUGCCUGUGGGAGCUGCUCACAGGGGAGAUUCCAUUUGCACAUCUCAAACCAGCUGCAGCUGCUGCGGAUAUGGCGUAUCAUCAUGUCCGCCCUCCUAUUGGAUACUCAAUCCCCAAACCCAUCUCAGCACUGCUGAUGAGAGGCUGGAAUGUCUGUCCAGAGGAAAGACCCGAGUUUUCGGAAGUGGUUGCCAAACUAGAGGAAUGCCUGUGUAACGUGGAGCUAAUGUCUCCAGCCUCCAGUAACAGCAGUGGUUCUCUUUCACCCUCAUCCUCCACUGACUGCCUGGUAGCACGUGGUAGUCCUGGACGAAGUCACGUAGCUGCCCUUCGCUCGCGCUUUGAGUUGGAAUAUGCCCUCAACGCCCGUGCCUAUGCAUUUUGGACCCAGAACUCUGGUCGGAGGUCUUCACAGGGCUUGUCCCUGGAUGAGCUGAGGAGGAACAUGCAGUUCCCACCCAUUGACCGAAAUGGAUAUGUGUCAGAUCCCAUGAGCACCAUGCGUUUCCAUUCAUGCAGCAGCAAUGGAAGUUUUGAGGACAGCAACUAGAAGCAGCAACUCCCUGAAGAACAUCACACGCAAACACACUUGCAUACAUGACAUGUCUGAUUACCAUAAUUAUGAGUUUUUGACUUUUAAAAACCACUAUUCACAUUGUUGUCGAAGUUGUAAUGUUCAAAGAGCUCCGACUUCUUUCAACCAAAAUGGCAUGACAAACAUGAAUCAAAACCUCACAAUGAGUCAUUUGGCAAAUAGGAGUGUUAUUAAAGAAACAAGAGGUCAGAGAGCGUGAACAGAGUAGAAUAUCAGAAUUGUCAACUUGUAAUUAUUAUGGUGAACGCACCAUAUUUACUCUAAGGACACAUAACACUAAAUUUGGAUGAUUUGUUUUCUUUCUUUUUCUGUUAUUUUUAAGGCAUUGUGUGUACUUUUUUUUUUUUAUAAGAAUGAAGAUUUAUACAUACUUAUACAGUUAUACAUUUUCAUUAUACACACUAUUAUCUCAAAGUUUUGAUUUCAAAGUCAAAACUUUUAUUUUUAUUGUUUUUUAUAUUGUGUUUGGUGUUUCAGUGUCAAGUAAGUAUCUGGUAGAGCAGGACAAAUAAGUGUAUUUCAGUAUUUUAUUCUAAUUUCAAAAGCAAACAGCUUUUUUAGACAAAUGAGCCAGCGAGUGAAACAGGAACUUGACAAGAUCAUGACUGAUAUCACCUAACAACACAGGCACUAUUAGAGCAAUUUGGCCUUGCUUAUGGGAUCGAAACAUCUCAAGUUUUGAUUUUAACUCCCAUGAUCUGUAUGCAUAUGACAAGAAACAAAGAAGGUAUCAUAGCAAUGUAUGUGAACUAAUCCAGUGUAAAAUCAUAAGAACACCAUUAAACUACUGCCAAAAAUCA